AGAGUCUGCGCAUGCGCAAAAGUUGCUCGGUGUCCCGGAUGAGGUUGAGUCACUCGUGCUGAUGUCACUCGCGCUCCUGAAAAUGGCCGAGUCGGAAGAGGAGGUGGAUGUCUUGGUCCAGAGAGUUGUCAAAGAUAUCACUAACGCCUUUAAGAGAAAUCCUGACAUAGAUGAGAUUGGACUCAUACCGUGCCCGGAAGCUAGGUACAACAGAAGCCCAAUCGUCUUGGUGGAGAAUAAGCUCGGGGUGGAAAGUUGGUGCGUGAAGUUCCUGCUGCCCUACGUGCACAACAAGCUGCUGCUCUAUCGACAACGCAAACAGUGGCUGGACCGCGAGGCGCUGGUUGACAUGACAUCCACAGUACUGCUAAUAAACCCAGACUUUACCACUGCCUGGAAUGUCAGGAAGGAACUCCUUCAGUGUGGAGUGCUGAAUCCAGAGAAGGACCUUUACCUGGGGAAAUUAGCACUGACAAAGUAUCCCAAAAGCCCAGAGACAUGGAUACACAGGCGAUGGGUGCUGAAGAGGCUGCAGAAGGAGCCGUGUGGAGCUGACGAGAGAAGCGAUUACACUGAGCAGAUCCAGAGAGCCGUGCAUGAGGAGAUGAAGGUGUGUGCAGAUGCCGCGGGCCGUUACGCCAGCAACUACAACGCCUGGUCGCACCGUAUCUGGGUCCUGCAGCACAUGGCCAAAGGCAAUCUGAAGAUUCUUCACGAUGAACUCUCCUCCACAAAACUGUGGGUGUCCAUGCACGUGUCCGACCACAGCGGCUUUCACUACCGCCAGUUCCUGCUCAAGGCACUGCUAGCUGAGCUGGGUCAGGCCCAGCAGCCUAACGGAGGAAGCUCAGUGGACGAGCCGCACACCGAUGCCAUCCCGCAGCUUUUCCACGAUGAGAUAGAGCUCUGCACUGACCUCAUCGAGUCAUACCCAGGCCACGAGACCCUGUGGUGCCACAGACGGCACGUGUUCUAUCUGUGGCACCACUGGCGGAAUCACAGUCAAGAGCAGGAUCCUCUAUCUCCAGGCCACGCCCACACACUGCUCAAUGAUUCUUCAGACCCCAGUGACGAAGGCAGGAGCUCCCAGGCCAUGGACGUUGACUGUACAUUAGAGGGCAGUAAGCACGGAGGCUACACACAGGACAGCAAACGGUUGAAGCGAGGGCCACCCUGUCCCACUCUCCCUUCUGAACACACGUUCAUCUCGCGUAUCCUGAGCAGCUGCAGGAAUCCUGAUCAGGGCCGUUUUGCCGACGCAUACAGGAAGUGGCUGGACUCUGUCAUAGGUCAGUAGCUCAAGAUGAUAGAUCAGCUUAGUUUGGGCACCAUCCACGCACGACUGAAGACGGCCAGACUGUCAGAGAAGCUCUGCAAAUGAAUUCCCCUUCAUGAUGAAAACCAAGUGAUGAGCCAUGGCAGAGUAAUGCUGGUCUGCAGUGUCUGCUUUUGUUCAGGUACUUGAUAUCUCAGGUCUGUUUUUGUUUUUUUAAAUGAUUUUUCUCAGUAAUUUGAAACUUUUUAUAUUGUUUAUUUCCUAAGGUUUUCUUAGGUUUGUUUGUUUGUUUUUUGCACAAUUUAAACGAGUGCAAGCCGUCUUCAUGAUGCUGCCUUCAGUUGUACACUUCCUGUCAAGAGACUCAAGUGCACACAUUGGAGCUCGAACUGAUCCUAUCUCACUUCCUUCUGUUUCAUUAAGAGCAGACAGGCUUUGCUUACUUGUCUGCCUGUUUAUUUGCUCUUUAAACUUUUGUACAGGUUUAAACAAAUUUCCGAGCACUUUGCUCCAGCUAAUGAUGUAAGCACAAUCACAGAGUUUCUCAGAAACGUUCAAAACACGGCAGGCUGAGCCAUUUGGGAUCAGCACUUAUUAAUACUUUUAACAUGCCGCUAAUAAUACACAACAGAAAUGGGUCGUGCUUGUGCAGUUUCAAGGUUUAUUUCAGUUCUUUUGUAAUGGCAUAGCAGUGGCUCAGGCUUCACGAUGAACUCCAGAAGCACGUUGAUCACACUAUAAAAUGAAGAUCAUCUAGAUCAGGGGUGUCCAGUCUUAUCCGGAAAGGGCCAUUGUGGGUGCAGGUUUUCAUUCCAACCAAGCAGAAGACACACCUGAGUCUACUGAAAGCCAAGAUCAGCUGAUUAAACUGGUGGAAUCAGGUGUGACUCCUGCUUGGAUGGAAUUAAAAACCUGCAGCCAUACCGGCCCUUUCCGGAUAAGAUUGGACACCCCUGGUCUAGACCUAACCAUCAGGCGUCAUGCCGUCGGAAGAAUCUCAGCGUUGAAGCACAAACACUGCGAUUUUAUUCCUUUUACGUAUCCUGAGUUUUCGUUAUGAAGGGGAAUUUGCAAUAGAGUUGCGAGCAUUUCUUGAUUCGUCGGCCCGUGAGGACGGUGUCGUGAUUUAGAAUCAGUACAAGUUACAGUCUAACACAUGUCGAAUGGUGCUAAUUUUCUGCAGCCACAAAAGAAGGCUUUAACAGGCCUGGGUUGACAGAUGCUGCUUCUCUUUUAACACUACUUUUGAACUAUAUUUAUGCAAAGAAUUGAGAUCGAUUUCAUGAUAGAAUAACUCGUAUCACAGUUUAUUCAAACGAAACACUUCAACCGGGUUUACACCGUACGAUUUUUUUGGCCCUGUUUUCCUGUCGCGGACAAAAAUCGCACAUCGUAGAAGAAUUCUUCAGUCGUGAGUUGAGAUCUGUGAUCGUGUUCUCUCAGGGCUGGUGGUUCAGUUCCGCUGUUUCCAAAAAAAAAAAGUUCUGGCCGUGUCAGAAACAUGUAAAUGUAUCAAAUCUGAGUAUGACUGCUGCUACAAUGCUCAUCUCGAAUCCACCAAUAGGGGGGUAGCGUAGUAUUAUGGGAAACUUACUUGGACAGGUACAAAUACAGUAGUAGCACGUGUAAUGACAAAACAUGAUUAUGGACACACACAAAAAUUGUCCUUAUUACCUCAAGCUUAUGUGGAAGAAUGUUUCUGUUUGUGCAAGCCAUGAUCGCACUGAUUGAUGGCGUAAGCAGAACUUUUUAGUUCUUUAUAGAGCAUCUUCAUCAUAUAGACGGACACGAAGAACACGUUAUCACAGUCGGUUGUAGAAUUCGACCUAGAUGUUAACGGGAUCGGUCCAUACGCCAUGUCUUGGUAUAAUCUUCACAAUCCACUGAAAUCGCAUAAUGUAAACCCGGCUUUAGACAGUCAUGGUCGAUCUAGCUGUGCGUUAGAAAUGACUGGCCUCUUAUAACCCUUAGAUAGAUCAGUCUUAUAAAGCAGAAGUCAUUUAUGGCACAUUUGUCUAGGUUUGUUUGUAGGAAAGCAUACGCUUCUGUCAUUUUCAAAUGUACUAUACUAUCUUUUUACACAUAAUCAAAACUAUUUACUAGUAAGAGAAUAGAUUUAUAUUGACAAUAAAACACAGUGAAGUUCUUAAACAUAUCUAGAACACCUUUAGGUUUGUUCCUCAGAUACAACUUGUGUCUGAUUAAGAACGAUACUCUGGAAAAUCCAAACUGACGUUGUAAUUUAGCUAAAAACUAGACUAGGUUUUUCAAUUUUGUGUACAGUGAAAUGUCUUAGGAAGUGAUAUUUGCGCAGUUGCACAGUGACAAUACGAAAUGAAGUGUUCCAUUUCCACAUUUGUAUAGUGAUCAAAUAACUUUAUCUAGGGCUAUUUACGUUUUUGUUUUGGGAUUUGUUUUUUUUUGUUUUUUGGCCCAGCCUGGAGUGUUUUUCUCGCACCACAUUGCUCUGGGGUGCAGUAGCUUGGCAAUAAAGCCCAUUCUUCCUUCACUCUACAACCAAAUGCAUUGAAAGGUAGACUGUCAUUAUAACGGAGUUCAUCCUAUAAUUCUUGGUUUUGUUCUCUGAACCUAGACAAUGUCCUUGUCAGGACAAUAAAGCAGGUUUUUAGUAAUUUGAAGAUGUACAGGAUUAUUUUCUAGUUGGUAAAGGAUGCUUUUAAUGCCCUCACUGACCACUGUAUUAGGUCCCGAUCUAAUCAGCCAAUCAUGGGGCAGUAGCACAAUGCAUAAACUCAUGCAGAUACAGAUUAAGAGCUUCGUUUAAUAUUUACAUCCAUCUUCAGAAGCAGGGAGAAAAAGUGUGAUCUCUGUGACUUUGACCGUGGCCUGGUGGUUGUUUGAGUAUUUCAGAAACUGACGAUCUACUGAGAUUUUCACACACAACAGUCUGUAGAGUUUAUAUAGAAUGGUGCGAAAAACAAAACAAAACAAAAAUCAUCCAGUAAGCAGCAACCAUCGUCUGGUCUUUUUCCAGUCCUCAGUCGUCCAGUUUUGUUAAGCCCGUGCUCACUGUAGCUUCAGGUUCCUGUUCUUGGCUGACAGGAGUGGGGCCCGAUGUGGUCUUUUGGUGUUGUAGCUUAUCUGCCUCAAGAUUCGAUGUGUUGCUUGUUCUGGGAUGCGUUUCAGCUCUCAGUGCUUGUAAAGAGUGCAUGCUUUUAUUUGAGUAGUCUUCCUGUCAGCUCGAACCAGUCUAUCCAUUCACCUCUAUCCUCUCUCAUCAACAAGACGUUUCCACCCACUGAGCUGCCACUCACAGGAUGUUUCUUGCACCAUUCUGUGUAAACUCUAGAGACUUUCCUGCAUGAAAAUCCCAGGAGAUCAACAGUUUCUGAAACGCUCAAACCAGCCAGUCCGGCACAAACAACCUACUCGCUAGAUCACAUAUCAUUUCCAUCUCCCUAGAUCACAUAUCAUUUCCAUUCUGAUGUUUGGUGUGAACAUUAACUGAAGCUCUUGACUUGUAUCUGUGUGAUUUAACUCAUUGCGCUGCUGCCACAUUGGAUUGGAUAAUUGCAUUAAUGACCAAGUGUAUAUUUGUGUAUAUUAAUGUUCCUAAUGAAGCGGUCAGCGAGUGUAUAAUCAGUCCUUGGUUACACUAAAUACUGACCCUGUUACACUGUGGUAAGAUGUACUUACCUGAACUGAUUUUCAUACAUGUCUGUCUGUUACUUGUAGCAGCUGUCAUAUUUCUUGUAAAGUAAGCUGCCAUUUCUGUUACUUGUUUGGAGAUUAUUGGAAACAAACAUGCCUUCGUGAUGUUUUUCCUGCUUCCAUGGUCCAAAGGGGCCCAAAAAAAGGAGAAAAAUCUUCCACCUAGCUUUUCCUUCCAUACACUUUUGCAUUUUGUGCUACUGCUGUACAAGUUCUGCGACUAAACCAACUACCUGCUGAACCAGAGCCAUCAUGCAGUCUUAUGUUACCAGGAGAAAAGCUAGUGUUUCUGAGAAUUGCUUCUUUUGUAAGUCUUAUCUUUUUAGGGCUUUGACCAUAAAUCUAGCCUGAAGUGUAUUCAGUACCGUUGUAUUAACUAAACUGAUGUUCAUAUGACUUUUCUUUCUCAUAUCAUGUCUGUGUAUUAACUGCCUGUUUUUGCCAUAACUUAUACGACAUGACCUGAAUGGCGCUGGUGCAUCUAUGCAGAUUCAGUCUCCCAGUUUCCAUCAAAGUUUGGGAAGAGGAAACGUACUUUUUGUAGUGCUUUCUCACAUAUUUCUAGGUAAGUUUACAUAAGGUACUGUAGGUUGCUAACAAAUCUAGCAUUUUGUCUGUGUGUUAUAUAUUUAUUUGUAUAUUUAAAAAGACUUGUAUCCACAGUAAUUGUUUUUGUCAGUUGACUACCACAUGAAAUAAAAACAAUUUCUGGAGAAACGUAAUUGCAUUCUUUUUCACCCCAUCAUAUGAAGAUUUGUACUGUAAUAACUUUGACGUUCAGUAACUGCAGCCGUAAUCCUCCAGUUCUCCGGUAUUUACAAAAAAGUUAUAAAUCAAAGUCGUUGUCUUAUUCGCUCUACGUCAAGAUAUGUGUAAUAGGAUUAAAUUAGCUGUUUGUCAUGUACAGUUGAGGCCAAAAGUUUACAUACACCUAGGCUAAAGAUAUUCAAGCUCAGUUUUUCCACAGCUCCACACAUUUCAUACUUGUUUUUUUUUUUUUUUUUGGUAAGUUAAUUAGAGCAUCUACUGGGUUGUUGUAAAACAAUCGAUUAGAGAGACUUAUUUCAGCUUUAAUUCACAAUAUCAGAAUUCCAGUGGGUCAGAAAUUUUCCAUUCACAAUGUCCUUAAACAACCUGGAAUAUCCCAGAAAUUGAUGUAAUGACCUUUAGAAGCUUCUGAUUGGCCAGUUGAGACUAGCCAUUUCUCAAUAUGCGUUCUUAUGCAAUCUUGCAUCCUCGUAUACUUGUUCUACGUCAGCGUCCACCGCCGAAGUUCAAUUUCAAAACUCGCAAGUACCAGGUACGCAUGAAAGUACCUGGAUUUGCUAUUGAUAUCGAGGAUGCAGACCUGACCGCACCGAACCUGCUUGAGGUCCCAGAAAUCAUUGCGGCAAAACAAUGGCGGAUGAUGGAAGCCUGACCCCUACCUGUAGUUUUAACAUCCUUUUAAUGACAAGAAUCUAAGUAAAUCUAAAUAUACUAUCUAAAAAGUAAGCAUUUUGAUAUAUCAUUUAGAUUGAGAUACAUAUGAGGUUGUUAAAGUCGAAUGUAUCCUUCAGAAGUAUUUUAAUUAAACUACGCUAGCUUCCUUCCUGAAGUAAUGGUAAACUCGUUAGGUUAGUUAGUUUUCAGUUACCGUGAGGUCGCAGUUGCAAACAGAGAGCUUACGAUGUUAAAACAUGCUUAAUUAACUUUUGGUUAAUCAGCUAUUUAACAGUAAAUCUAUUAACAAGCUGAAACAUAUUACUUAGGGAGCGCUGAAGAGACGAGGACCCUGUCCCACUACUAGAAAUGUGCUGGGAUGGUCCAUUGCACAACAGGAAGACUGCAGCACAUCUCAAUUCAUGCAAAGAUGUGUUCUACAUUAUGUCCUCCUGUCCUUCAGAGUUUAUUCUUCCAAGGUAGCCUGGCAAGACCCGUCUUCAUGAGGACACAAGUCCGUUCUAUGCGUUCUUAGAAUUGAGAAACAGCCAGUGCCUUUCUGCAAAAUCCAAGCAACUCAUCCAAGACCAAAGUAUGUACAUCCACCAUGAAGAGAUUACUAUGCUGACCUGGCUUCAUCGUGUAAUGAAGUCCCUACUUCAAGACUGUUAUAAAAAGUACAGCAGCAGGAAGAAUGUAAUGCUUGUAGCAAGUUUCCUAAUUGGUUGUUACAAUCAUUGCCAAUUCCCCCACACUACCAAUUUCUUCCCUAUCACAUGCUGGCUAACAAACCGGGAGGGUGGAGGUGCUCAGAUGUCUUCCUACGAAACACAGUCUGCUCAUGUUGUGCCACAGGACAGCGGAAUACACUCGGAGGAAACCGCCAACUGCCCUCCUCUGUACUCACAAGCUGUUGUCAUUCUAAUUAAAAGGAGAGAGGAAAUGCAUCUUUCCUACCCAGAAAGCACGGCCAAUUAUGCCUUCUUGAAUCGUUGGGAUUCAAACUCACAUUCUACCAAAGAAAGGUGACUCUCUGGAUCCCUACUUUGCUAUCUUCUACUGACAAACAAAUGCUCUGUCAAGAUCUUUCUGUACUUGACCCUUCCUACGGUUACAUCAUAUUGUACAAUAGUUAGUUCUGAUCCACUAAUUUAAUUGGUUCCAAGAGUGCUGAUAUUUA